GCCGAAGGAGUAAGCAAAGGCAACAUCAGGAGAAGCUUCGCUUCGGCGUGGAACCACUUUCCCCCUUCUCCCAUCCAAGGCGAUCGAACAAGCCCCAAACCCAACCCCAUCUCCUUCCCCGGCCUCUCUCGGCCGCCGCCGAUCCACCGGCGAUGACGCCAGGAAGCUCCGCCGCCGGAUCGGGCGUCGUCGUUCCUCGGAACUUCAGACUGCUAGAAGAGCUUGAGCGUGGGGAGAAGGGCAUUGGAGAUGGUACAGUGAGCUAUGGCAUGGAUGAUGCAGAUGACAUCUACAUGAGGUCAUGGACUGGCACAAUCAUCGGCCCACAUAACACUGUCCAUGAGGGUCGUAUCUACCAGCUGAAGUUGUUCUGUGACAAGGACUACCCUGAGAAGCCACCAUCUGUUAGAUUUCAUUCAAGAAUAAACAUGACAUGUGUUAAUCAUGAGACUGGAGCGGUUGACCCGAAGAAGUUCAGUGUGCUGGCAAACUGGCAGCGUGAGUACACAAUGGAGUACAUUCUAACCCAGCUCAAGAAAGAGAUGGCGUCACCACAGAAUCGCAAGCUAGUGCAGCCUCCAGAGGGGACAUUCUUCUGAAAAAGUGUUUGCUGGCCAUAUCGGGAUCCAACAGCAACAACUCCUGUGCAUCCAUGGUGACUCCAAAAAACAGCUUCGGCACCUUGUGCCUAUGAUUGAUUUCUAGUAUUGUGUGCCUACUAUCUGUUAACCACCUUGAUAAUGUAUCGGGUGAGCUUUGUUCCUUGUAAUUUGCCUGGUGGUUGCUAAUGGGAUGGAAUGAAACGGUCGUGAAGGAUGUGUAAUCCAAGAAAUUGCUGUUGGUCAAUUGCUGCUGUUUCUUGCAUA